AUGGAGUCCAAUUGAAUGAGAAUUUUACAAGGAGACCGUGAAGGCAACAGUUACCAUGACAACAGUACACAAACAACCAGCCCCGCUUUGUGGCGGAUUAGCUGCCCACUGCACUGUCACACGCCUGCAGCCAUAUUAAAUACUGAGCCACAGGAAAUCUUGAAAAUGUCAUCCCCACAACCCAAGGGCCCAGAGAGUUCUUCUGGCAGCACUGAUGUUUCAGAGACAGAAAGCACUGCCAAACCACAUAAGCAAGACACGAGGAGGACACAACAGAGCCCAUUCAAAGUGCCAGACAAUAACAGCAUUCUUCUAUUAAGUGUAAAUGAAAAAGAGGACCACAAAGAGGAGGUGCGUAAAUUUCUGGCUCUACCAAUUCAUGAGAAGACAACCCACACUGAGAGAAUGACGGCCAAGCAGAAGAAAGAGUCGGUGGGAGAACCGGAGGAGGAAAAGGAGAAGAUGGAAAACCUAAAACAAAUCAAGAGUAAGACAACUCUCCUUAAACAAAUGCCUGGCAGACAUGAACUGAAGAUGGCCAUUAUAAAACAAGGUUUCUCCCCAGCAAACACUAUGAAAGACAGCAAACAUGACUUAAUCUCCAUGGAACAGCAGAAGGCAGUGUUGGAGUUAGCACUGAUGACAAAGAAGUCUGCGAUUGUGAAGAUGGACAAGGCUAUUGCAAAAGAGGAGUGGCAGCUGAAACUGCUUGAAAAGCUAAUUGAAAGAGACAACCUCAACUUUGAAGAGUUCCUUAGGGAGAACGAGAAGAAGUCUGUGGAGGCCCGAACACUUUUUGAACAGGAGGCCAAGUCCAAUCAGGAGAAGAAUGCUGAGAUCAAGAGACUGAAUGCUGAAAUAGGGACCUUAAAAAGAGAACUUGCCACAUCUGAAGAAACCCUGACAGACUAUAAGAGAUACAAGGAGAUUCUGUUCAAGCUGUUUCCACCAGAGCAGCAGGAGGCUCAGAAAACUAAAGCUUUGAAAGUGAAUGUCCAGUCUGACAGAGACACACAGAAUGUGAAGAGCAGGGAACCUGAGGAGUCACCUAGUAGGAAUGGUGUGUUGUCCAGCCCAGGCAGAGAGCUGCCCUCCAUCAGAGGGACGAGGCUGUCCUCCAACCCCACCAGCACAGGGACACACCAACAUGGGCCACCCAAUCACAACAUUCAUAACUGGUUUGCUGCACAUACAGGAUUGGACUUAUAG